AUGAACCGUUUCAUUGUAUUGCGUGACGCCUACGGAACUGUCCAGGCAGUCAUAGAUCCCGAGUCUCCAUUAUCAAAAAUCGUGAAGGAUUUGCACUAUGAGUCGGUAUUGCGGGUGGAAGGAGCUGUGCUUAGUCGUGGAAACAAUGUGAAUCCAAUGAUGAAAACAGGCGAAAUAGAGAUUAAUGUGUCGAAACUAAUGGUGUUGAACCAUGCUUCGUCAAACUUACCAAUGCUCCCGGAUUCGGAAGCCAGUGAAAAGACACGUUUCACUUAUCGAUAUAUAGAUCUCCGAAGUGAUCGCAUGCAAAGGGCGCUUCGUUUACGCUCCACUGUGGUUCACAAAAUGAGGCGUUUUCUUAUCGAAGAGGCAAAAUUCGUCGAUGUGGAAACUCCUACGCUUUUUCGUCGUACCCCAGGCGGAGCUGCUGAGUUCAUAGUUCCUGCGCCGCCUCCACAAAGAGGCCUUUGCUAUACUUUGCCACAAAGUCCACAGCAAUUUAAACAGUUGCUUAUGAUUGGUGCCAUUGAUCGGUAUUUUCAGGGGCUGCUAGAUCUCUACAUCAGAUUUUUGAGUAUGGAAAACUUCAUCCUACAAUUCCUGCAAAUUCCUUAUUGUAUCGCACGGUGUUAUCGUGACGAAGGCUCAAAAGGAGAUCGACAACCGGAGUUCACUCAGGUAGAUCUGGAAUUGUCGUUCACCACUCAGGAUGGUGUAAUGGCUCUAGUGGAGGAAACAUUGAUGUCAGCAUGGCCUGAACAUUUGGUUAAUAAUUUUUUCUACUGUUUGGUGUGUUCGCUAUUUCAAGUUACUGAAGAGGCUUUGUUAGAACGGAAAACAAAAUGUAUUCACCAUUUAAAGGCCGACCUGAAGCCCCCAACACCGUUUCCACGUCUGAAUUACAACGAAGCAAUGCAAAAUUACGGUAGCGAUAAACCGGACAUGAGAAUUCCAUGGCGCAUCCAAGACUGCACACAGACACUCGAUUUUCUUCGUAGUUCCAACGUAAGCUAUGACUGGGUUGCUCGUCUAAUUGUGUGCAAAGGGCAAUUAAAGGUCAAUCGAACUGCUGUAAAGAAGGAAUUUAAAAGAAUUUUGGAUAUGAAUAAACUUUCUCGCCCAUUUGCGAUCUUUGACAGGACUAAAGAUGUGUGGUUCAAGAAGAUAGAUAAAAAUGAAUUGGUCACACGUUUUCUUAUUGAUGAAGAAGACUGUGUGGUUUUUAGCUGGGGAGAUGAGGAAGGUGUGCAAUGGACACUUGGUCAAUUACGGAAUUUCGUUGCAGAUGCUGGAGAACUUCGCAAGCAGAGGAAGGCUAGUCAAUUAAUUUGUGCACACUGGAUCGUCAAUUUUCCUUUGUUUUCCGUAGAGGAUGACAAGCUGGUCGCAACUCACCAUCCUUUCACGGCGCCUAUAGAAGAACACAAACAAUGGCUUGAUGACAGCACGAAGAUCUCUAACAUAGUCGGUGAGCGAAGGCAACAUUACGACUUGGUAAUGAAUGGUGUUGAAUUAGGAGGUGGUUCUAUUCGUAUUCAUAAUUCGAAGGAACAAGCUAAAGUUCUGGAAAUUCUCGGACAAGACACUCAAGAGAUGAGUCAUCUUCUUGAUGCAUUGUCUUUCGGAAGUCCUCCACAUGGUGGAUUUGCUUUAGGGUUAGAUCGUUAUAUAGCUCUGCUUGUAGGUGAAGGGGAUCCUUCUGUACCAGUUCGUGAUGUAAUCGCUUUCCCAAAAUCCAAGGAGGGUCGUGAUUUUGUAAGCCAGGCUCCUGUCCCUCCAACUGAUGAGCAGCUUAAGCGAUACGGUGUUCAGUUUGUAGAAGAGGAAAACUUAAGGAAUGCGAUCAUGUUUGAAACGUAA